AGGCAAUUCCCACCCCAACGGCGGGAGCGAAAAAAAAGUUACGGCGACACUUUCGUUUGCGCCUCCAUCCCCAUCAUCGCCUCCUGUCUCGCAUCCGAGCCCUCCGCCCGCCACCUUUUUGAGCUUGCCUCCCUCGCGCGAAUUAGCUUCAGCUUUCGAGACCUAACCUAAGGCUUUGCCGAGAGUGACUUUUACUUGCGACUCGGGCCAAGUGUGGUAUCGUGUUUUGGCGCAGGGUAGAAGCAUUGGCCGGGCGAUCUCCAAUCUCGCUCUCCUGCCUCGUACCCAUCAUACCUUAUCCGACACCCGACAUCCGAAACCGUCGAGCAGAAAACGAAAAAAGCGCAGCGCAGCAGCAUCGCAUUAGCAGGCAAUCUCGUUACAGCUUUGCAAAUCUGUCGCACAUCGUAGCCUACUUCACUUGCUUGCUUGCCGGUCCUCCUGCACCGUCUGCCCGUCAUGCCAUAUAACACGCGCCGCAAGUCGCUGUCGCUGCCGUCGCUCGGUAUCCAUGUCCCCGUAACACAUGCUGCUCGAGCUGCUGCUGCCGCCGCCAACGCUGCCGCGAAUCGAGCUUCUCCCACUAGCAACACCAGCGCCCGCACGCCCUCGCCGACAUCCAUGGCGCCGCUACGGACACCGCUCUCGAGAGAUGACCAGCCUCCGUCCAAGAAGCUGAAGAGAGCUCACAGCCAAGACGACAGCACACCCUCUUCCGAACCCCUUCCCAAGAGGCGCGAUGACACAGUCAAGUUCGAGAAUACGCCGCCGCCUUCGCCUCCUGCACAGCGCCCGUCUGUAGAGAUGAACAACGACGACGAUGAAGCAACGCUCAUACCCAAGACGAUAGAUUUUGAGGGGAUAAACGACGAGAUUGUUGAGGCUGUUAUUCUCCAGCUUCAAAAUACAGGGAACCGGCCGCAUUUGGUUAAGGAGCUUGCCGCCGUCUUGAUGCAACAGCUGAAGAUUGUCCAACAGUCUGCGAACCCGUCUGCCAUCAUCUCGUCCCGGUUAGCCAGCUACCUGAAGCGGUCAUGCUGGACUGCGCUCGCGCCGUGUCCGCUCGCUAAGGAGCUCGAGGCUGUCCACCCGCGCCGCACCUAUUUCUACCUGACGACAUGUCCCCAUCUGCCGCUACCGGACCCGACCCAGGCAGCGACGCUCAGCCAUCUCGCGCACUCGCGCAUCAUCAUCUCACCGAGCCUGUCGAGCGCAGCAUCGGGCUCAGAGGAUGCAGACAGCGAGAGGAGGCGCGAGCUCAGCCCGAGCCCCGAGGUGGAUCUGUCGAGUCCUGAGUUCGACGAUAUUGACGAUGACGUCGCCAUGCCUACAACACCCAUCGGGUCCUUCUCGGCGCGCGGCUUUGGGAUGGGCGGAUCGCAACUGGGGCGCUCCUUGAGCGCUGCUGGCGGGCGUAACCACCGCGCUGCGUCGCCGCCGCUCGAGAAGGACGAGAAGGAGUUCACACAGACGGCUGAUGGCCUGCAAAAACGGAAACUCAGCGGUGACUUGAUGUCAUCGGGUGCCAGCAACACAGGUAGCGCCGCGUCGGGGAGUAUGGACAUUGAGUACGGCGCCAUCCCGAGGGACGACAAUGCCCUGUUCGGCGACAAAACUUUCUUGUCGACAAACAGCAUGAGCAGCCUGACCAUGGCGUUUGUCACGAGCCCUGCGAUCCGGCCAUCACCUAUGACACUCAACCUUAGCAAGACCAAGGACGUUGAGGCCGAGAGUUCGUGGCUCAGGAUGGAGAACAUGCUCGAGUGGGACCGCAGCCCGGAAAACAUUGCCCUCGAGGAACUCGAUGGGCUCCUGGACGACUACUAAUUCCUAAAGGCCGCGCGAGCCGCCGCAGGAAAAGAGUAUCGUUCCUGCCGUUGUUGUACGAUCUAGAGAUUGAAGCUCGAGCUAGGACGGUGGUGGUGGUGCACCCCUCCUCGGCUAUCUUAGCUUGAAGUCUUUUUCUUAUGUGCCUUUCUAACACUUUAUUACCCCCCUCUCUCUCAUCUCAAAACGUUAUGUUUCGUCUUCUCAGUCAUGUUAAUUAGGGCUCGCGGGAUCGGUGGGAAGACGGGGAGGUGUGGCAAAAAAAAAAACUCGGCCAGGUUCUUGUCCUCUUCCUUACUUUCCCAUAGACGAAGCUGGGUCUCACUCGCAAGGCGUUAGGACUUUUUUGGUUUUUCUUUUCAAAAACCACAGCUGAUGUGGGUUGUGGGUUGCUGGCGUUUUUUCUCAGGUUACAAGGCCGGCCGGUCAGCUGGUCGGGCGGGCGGGUU